CGUGCGACCUUCAGUUUACAGGCCAAUCAAAUCGCAGCUUCUUGACGGGGCUCCUCUGCCACUUGUAAACACGUGUCCGUAUCUUCCUGUUUCUUCCCACUGUAUCGUUUCAACGGAUACAUCUGUAAUCUAACAAAAUGGCCAAAAGCUUGCGGAGUAAGUGGAAGAGGAAGAUGCGAGCUGAGAAGAGGAAGAAGAACGCUCCCAAGGAGCUUGCCCGCCUGAAAACAGCCCUCGGUCUGGCCAAGAAAGGUGACGACGCCGUGAUGACCGACAUGCAGGAGAUUGCCACCGUGGUACCAGUCGAGAAGAUCAAGAAAGAGGCUGACGCAGUUAUGGAGAAAGACGGAGACGAUGAUAGCACCAUGGACCUGGACAGCAAACGCAACAAGAAGACAUUGCUGAAUGAGCAUGGACAGUAUCCGGUGUGGAUGAGCCAGCGGCAAGCCAAGAAGCUGAAGAGCAAGAGAAUGGCUCAGAAGACCGGUGGCAAAACUAAGAAGAAGAAAGGCAUUGCCUGGUGAAAAGCUGAAC